ACUCUAGCAUUCACAAUUGUCUUGUUAUCUGUUUUCUCUGCAGCCAAAGUGACUCUCAGCUCCCCAAGACAUCGACCAGCAACCUCCAUGAUGCCACGCUGCAGAGUGAACCUCAGUGCUGUGAUCUUCCUGGUCUUCCUGCAGGGGGCAGCGGUGGUGCUGUUCUGUAGCUGGUACGCCCAGGUCAACCCUUGUGACUCCGCCCUCUCCAAUGGCAAAGUCCAUGUCCUGCUGCUGUCGUCAUGGCGAUCGGGCUCGUCCUUGAUGGGCCAGGUGUUCAGCCAGCACCCGUCCGUCUUCUACCUCAUGGAGCCGGCGUGGCACGUCUGGACCCGGCUGCAGAAUCAAGGCGCCCGGUCGCUCCGCAUGGCGGUGAGGGAUCUGCUGCGGAGUGUCUUCCAGUGCGACCUCUCUGUGAUGGAGGCCUACCUACCAGAGCGCUACAAUGUCUCCUCUUUGUUCAUGUGGGCCCAAAGCCGGGCCCUUUGCUCGCCACCGGCUUGUAUGCUGACGCCGCGGAACCAGUUAAGCAACCACAAUCAGUGCAAGCAGCACUGCGAAGCUCAGGGCCUGCAGCGAGCUGAGGCAGCCUGCAACACCUACAGCCACGUGGCGCUGAAGGAGGUGCGCUUUUUUGAGCUGGAAUCUCUUUACCCUCUUCUGCAGGACCCCAGCCUGGAUCUCCGCAUCAUUCACCUUGUCCGGGACCCGCGGGCAGUGUUCCGAUCCAGGAAGGAGUCGGCCUAUGCCUUGGGGAGCGACAGUGCCAUUGUGUUGGAGCAGCGCAGAGUCCCGGCCGACGAGAUGCAGUACCAGGUCAUGCAGGAGGUCUGCCGCAGCCAUGUGCGCAUCAACGAGCGUGCCGUCCUGAAGCCGCCUCCAUUUCUGAAGGGCCGCUACAAGAUGGUGCGCUACGAGGACAUGGUGCUCAACCCGCUGGAGGAGAUCGAUGCUAUGUUCGAGUUUGUGGGUCUGGAGAUGACGCAGCAGCUGAAGGAGUGGGUAUACCAUGUGACCCACGGGAAGGGCAAAGGCAGCGCAUUCCUAAUUGAGUCGCGAGACGCUGCCAAUGUGUCUCAGGCGUGGCGCACAAUGCUGCCACACAGCAAAGUCAAACGCAUCCAGGAGAUGUGCAAAGGCGCCAUGUCACUGCUCGGCUACAAGACAGUCAACAGCGAAGGAGAGCAGAAAAGACUCGAUAUAGAUCUGCUGGUGCCUCGAGAGCCUGAUCAGUUCAGCUAGUUACUGACCAAAACACAGCAUCCUGGCAAAAGAUAGAAUAUUAAGACUCUAAACAGGACUGAAGUGUUUGU